AUGGACAAGGAGGCUACAACAAAGGUAUUACAACUACAAAACCAAUCCAGCCAUGUCUUACAGGAACGCAGACGUAGCCAACCGUCAGGAUCAGGUUUACCCACAACAACAGCAGGCUCGAUGGAGUUAAGCUCCUCAAUAAGGUUCUCGCUUGCGCGCAGAACGAAGCUUCGGAAGUUUGGCCGCGCGCGGAGGAGUUCCCGACGUCCAAAAGUUACGAUCUUGAUAUGGAAAGAUAGAUACUUGAGUCAUGCAUCACGUCGAAGUGGAAUGAAGCCAUUUGGAUCAACUAUGAGGCCUAGACUUAUUUUCUACCGAGACAUGUCCGGUAAGCGAGUAAACGAAGCCCAUGGAGGAUUUGGAGUGUCUAAUGGCCCGAGCAGCAGCGCCAAAGGCCUUGAUCGAAUAGAGAAGAGGCCUGGCUAA